GUUUGAUGUGUAUAUAGAUUAGAUCAACUGAUGAUGCAAAUUACAAAUUUUAUAACGUUAUACAUAUCUUGAUUGUUUAAGGUACCAGCGAUGAAAGUGCAUUAGUAGUUGUAUUAAUAUUAUUACAAAGUGUUCAGAUUUCAACUUUUAAAGUGUUCAACUUUAAAUCUCUGUGUGCGGAAAUACAAAAUUAGAAGCUCGCAAAACAGUAAGUGACGAUUUAGAAGAUUGAAAAAUGGCUAAGAGAACGCAGCCGGGUUGGACGGUACCACAAAUGAAGAAUCAUUCAGUUUUGAAAUUAUAUAAUAGUUUCACUAGGGAGAAAGAAGUAUUUGUUCCUCAGUAUGGGAAUCGUGUACUAUGGUACAGCUGUGGACCAACUGUAUAUGAUGCCUCGCAUAUGGGACAUGCAAGGACUUAUAUAUCUUUUGAUAUAUUGAGGCGUAUUCUAUCCGAUUACUUUGGAUAUGAUAUUUUAUAUGUAAUGAACAUCACAGAUAUAGAUGACAAGAUUAUCAAGAGAGCUAGGCAAAAUUAUUUGUAUGAAGAAUAUAUAAAAGAGUAUCAUACUCUUGAUGAAAUUUUAGAAAAUGGUAAAAGUAUAAUGCAGAUGUUUGAAGAUACAGUUAAGGUCACUACUGAUCCUGACAAGAAAACUAUGCUGCAAAAAAUGUUGUUCAAUGUAGUGCAAGCCAUAGAAAAUCUUGAAAAUGCAGUGAAACUUAAGGAUGAGAGCAAAAUUCAGGAAUUUCAGGAAUUACUCUUAAAAGAAGCACGAGAUCCCCUGGCAGACUGGUUAGAUAAAAAGAAGGGGGCUACAGUUACAGAGCAUUCGAUAUUCAUGAAACUUUCUCAGCACUGGGAGUCAGAAUUCCAUAAAGAUAUGGAUGCCUUGAAUGUGUUAAGGCCAAAUGUUUUAACAAGGGUAAGUGAAUAUGUUCCUGAAAUUAUAGCCUUUAUUGAAAAGAUCAUAGAGAAUGGGCUUGCUUACGAAAGCAAUGGUUCUGUGUACUUUGAUGUGGCUACUUUUGAUAAGCAAGAACAACAUUACUAUGCCAAACUAGUUCCCGAAGCAUAUGGUGACACUUCAAGCUUGCAAGAAGGAGAAGGAGACUUAACUACUUCUGAACCAUCUGAGAAGAGGUCACCAACAGAUUUUGCACUUUGGAAACUUUCCAAAGAAGGAGAACCAUGGUGGGAUAGUCCAUGGGGUAAAGGACGGCCAGGCUGGCACAUAGAGUGCUCGGUGAUGGCAUCCAUUAUUUGUGGAAAACAUUUAGACAUCCACACUGGAGGAGUGGAUUUAAAAUUCCCACAUCAUGACAAUGAAAUAGCUCAAGCGGAAGCGUAUUACGAUCAUUCCAAUUGGGUUAAAUAUUUCCUUCAUUCCGGUCAUUUAACUAUAGCUGGCUGCAAAAUGUCCAAGUCUUUGAAAAAUUUUAUUACAAUACAAGAUGCGUUGAAGAAAAAUACAGCAAGACAAUUAAGAUUCGCAUUUCUCUUGCAUUCCUGGAAAGAUACAUUAGACUACAGUGACAAUACAAUGAACAUGGCAUUACAAUAUGAAAAGUUUUUAAAUGAAUUCUUUUUAACUGUAAAAUGUAAAAUCAGAUCUUUGGGCUCAGAAACAAAUAUUAACACGUUCAAUAAAUGGACUAGUUCUGAAAUAGAAUUGAACACGAAGUUCAGUAACGCUAAAAACUCUGUGCAUAAUGCACUAUGUGAUAAUAUUGAUACAAGAACUGCAUUAGACGCGAUUAGAGAUAUUGUCACGCAUUGCAAUAUUUACUUGAAUCAAGUCAAGCAACCGAACACGCUGUUACUUAGAGACGUUGCAGUUUACAUAACGAAAAUGUUUACUAUAUUUGGUGCAAUAUCAACAUCACACGAUAGCAUCGGCUUCCCAGUAGACGAUAAGUGUGCAAAUUUAAAUGUUGAAGAGGUCGCGAUGCCGUAUCUCGAGGUUCUAGCGAAUUUCCGGGAGAAAGUACGAAACGAAGCGAAGAAGCUUCAAGCUAAUAGUAUUCUUAUGGAAUGUGAUAAGCUGCGAGAUGACAUUUUACCAAAUAUUGGGGUGCGUUUGGAAGACUGUAAUGAGAUAGCUUGUGUUAAGUUGAUGAACAAGGAAGAGCUUUUGAGAGAAAAAGAGUGCAAAAAGAAGCUCGAGCUUGAGAAAGCACAGGAGAAGGAGAGAAGGAAAGCUGAAGCUGCUGCAGCCGCUGCAGCAAAGGAGGCACAAAAGAAAAUUCCUCCUACUGAGAUGUUCAAGCUCGAGAAAGAUAAAUACUCUCAAUUCGACAACAACGGUUUACCAACGCACGAUAAUGAUGGUAAAGAGAUCAGCAAGGGGCAAUUAAAAAAGUUGCAGAAACUGCAACAAGCACAGGAAAAGCGAUAUAAUGAAUACCUCUCUUCCAUUUCAAAUAUUCUCUCCCUUGCUUAGCAUUAAUGUCGCAAAUACUAUUUUCAUACGCGAAGCAUACUCAUUUCUCACUUAAUUAAUUUAUUACAAUCUUCAAGUUGAUGAUGUCCAUAUCUUUGUGCUUCUCUUGUGCGAUACUUAAUAUAGUAAGUUUAUACUUUUCUAGACUCGUGUGCGAAAAUAGAACACAGCUACUGUACUUACAAUAUGUAUAAUGUUUAUGGUGCUAUUGUACCAACACGAACAAUAAGAAAACAAUAAAUAUUUAAUAGAUUAUCGAAUGUCCGUUUCAUCAUUGAGUAAUAAUUAAUAUAAGAUACAUUUAUAAGUUUUCAUUUUUAGUUGUUGAUUCUAUCAUACUUGUAUUACGAUGAUAGAUCGUUAGUUUAUUUUUAGUGUAAGCAUAUAUGUAUGUAUAGUGUUUGUAAUAACGAGUAUCUCAGUUUAAUAAAUUAUUAUAUUUA